AUGGAGGACGAUUCAGGCGGACUAUCAUCGAUGAAGUUCUUCUCCGAUCAAAAUACAUCUUACGCUGAUAUUCUUCCUCCUCACGAAGCUCGUGCUAGAAUCGAAGUAUCUGUACUCAAUCUCCUCCGGGCUCUGAAAUCUCCAGAUCCAUCCAUCUCUGAUCUCUCUCUGAUUAAUAGGAAGAGAAGCAAUAGUUGUGUAAACCAAGGCGUUCUCACGGAUGUUUCUUACGUAUUCCUCUCUUCUUCUUUUACUAAAAGUUCCUUGACCAAUGCUAAAACAGCCAAAGCUUUUGUGAGAGUGUGGAAAGUUAUGGAGAUGUGCUUUCAGAUUCUGCUUCAAGAAAAACGAGUUACACAAAGAGAGCUCUUCUAUAAACUGCUUUGUGAUUCUCCUGACUUGUUUUCUUCUCAGAUUGAAGUUAACAGAAGCGUCCAAGAUGUGGUAGCACUUUUACGUUGCAGUAGAUACAGUCUUGGGAUUAUGGCUUCUACCAGAGGCCUUGUUGCUGGAAGGUUAUCUUUACAACAGGAACCAGGUAAAGAACCUGUGGAUUGUUCAGCCUGUGGUUCUUCAGGUUUUGCUAUAUCAGGAGACUUGAAUUUGCUAGACAACACCAUCAUGACAAGCGAUGCUCGCUACAUCAUUCUUGUUGAAAAGCAUGCGAUAUUUCAUCGGCUUGUGGAGGAUCGUGUGUUCAAUCACAUUCCUUGUGUUUUCAUCACUGCCAAAGGGUAUCCAGAUAUUGCCACAAGGUUCUUCCUUCACCGGAUUAGCAAAACAUUUCCUGAUCUGCCAAUUCUUGCUCUAGUAGAUUGGAAUCCAGCUGGGUUAGCUAUUCUAUGCACAUUCAAGUUUGGAAGCAUAGGAAUGGGUCUUGAAGCUUACAGAUAUGCUUGCAAUGUGAAGUGGAUUGGGCUGCGUGGAGAUGAUCUUAGCCUGAUACCAGAAGAGUCUUUGGUUCCUCUAAAGGCAAAGGACUCGCAGAUUGCUAAAAGCUUAUUGUCCUCCAAAAUAUUGCAGGAAAAUUACAGAGAAGAGUUGUCACUGAUGGUUGAAACUGGUAAGAGAGCCGAAAUAGAAGCUCUAUAUUGCCAUGGCUAUAACUAUCUCGGGAAAUAUAUAGCUACCAAGAUCGUGCAGGGCAAAUACAUAUAA